CUUGCAGCAGGUAGAGAUCAGUAAUCAGAAGCUCAGGCUCCAUUUUGUCUCAGAAGAACAAGUGGAUUAAAACAAGUCUGUGUCAGAACUGAAGGCUGACUGAAAUUCAGAAGAUGGAGGACAGAGCAGAACCUCCAGGAACCAGAGGUCAGAACUACAGAGAGACAGCAAAACCUCCAGGAUACAGCUCUCCAUCUAUGAGGAGUGACUGGUCCAAAGAUGUCUCUGUAUUCUUUGAUCUUGAACCUGGAAUUUCAAACUCAGAACUAGUGGGCUGUAGGCUCUCACUGAUCAACUGUAGAGGUGUGGCCUUAGCUCUGAAGUCCAACCCCUCCCAUCUGACUGAGCUGGAAAUAGAUGAGAUCUAUAAUGAAUGGAAAUCCGUUGGAGACUCAGAGAUGAAGCAUCUUUGUGAGAUCCUGGCGAAUCCAGUCUGUAAAGUAAAGAAGCUGAGAUUUAAGCAGGAAGGAUUGUCAGAGAUCAGCUGUUCUUCACUGGCCUCUGCUCUGAAGUCCAACCCGUCCCAUCUGAAAGAACUGGACCUUACAGAAACCUGUGACCUGAAAGAUGUUGGAGUGAAUGAGCUAUGUGGUUUCCUGAAAGAUCCCUACUGCAAACUACAGAUAUUGAGUGAUUACGGCUGAACCACUUCGUUCAGGAUCCGGCCUGGUGCUUCUGUCCAACAGAGGUGUGCCAGCAGGACCAUGGCAGUGAGGACACGGAGGAUGAUGGCCCCAAAUCCUGCACCAGCCCUGUGGUGCCUCCCUCUGUUUGGGACGUCCGCCAUCGUGCUGUCCCUCGGGUCAUCCAAUCAGCAGAUCCCACGGAAACAUGGAUCUGAAAUCAAAAUUAGUACUGCUAU